AUGCGCAGUGUCCUAGUGCCCAUUGUCUGUUGCCCCAGAUUUGACCUGUUCGCACGGUCAUGUGGGUGGGGCCCCGCUCCGGCUCCCCCAGCUGAUUUUUUUCGCAUCCUGCGGGGCAGAAGGCUGCUCAGGGAGGAUCUGUGGGUGCGCGAGGGCCGCAUUCUGGACCCAGAGAAGCUCUUCUUUGAGGAGCGGCUCGUAGCCGACCAGCAGCGGGACUGCGGGGGCUGCAUCCUGGCGCCCGGCUUCAUUGACGUGCAGAUCAACGGUGGAUUUGGCGUUGACUUCUCGCAGGCCACAGAGGAUGUGGGUCCGGGAGUAGCCCUGGUAGCCCAGAGGAUCCUGUCGCACGGAGUCACCUCUUUCUGUCCCACCUUAGUCACCUCGCCACCAGAGGUUUAUCACAAGGUCCUUCCUCAGAUCCCUGUGAAGAGUGGUGGCCCCCAUGGGGCAGGGGUCCUCGGUGUGCACCUGGAGGGCCCAUUUAUCAGCCGGGAGAAGCGGGGUGCACACCCCGAGGCCUACCUGCGCUCUUUUGAGGCCAAUGCCUUCCACGAUGUUCUGGCCACCUACGGGUCCCUGGACAACGUUCGCAUUGUGACGCUGGCUCCUGAGUUGGGCCGUAGCCAUGAGGUGAUCCGGGCACUGACGGCUCGGGGCAUCUGUGUGUCCCUAGGGCACUCCGUGGCUGACCUGCAGGUUGCAGAGGAAGCCGUGCUGAGCGGCGCUACCUUCAUCACCCACCUCUUCAACGCCAUGCUGCCUUUCCACCACCGGGACCCUGGCAUCGUGGGGCUCCUGACGAGUGACCGGCUGCCCCCCGGGCGCCACAUCUUCUACGGAAUGAUCUCCGAUGGCAUACACACCAACCCCGCAGCCCUGCGCAUUGCCCACCGGGCCCAUCCCCAGGGGCUGGUGUUAGUCACCGACGCUGUCCCUGCCCUGGGCUUGGGCAAUGGCCGACACACGCUAGGGCAACAGGAGGUGGAAGUGGAUGGGCUGACGGCCUAUGUGGCAGGCACCAAGACACUGAGUGGCAGCAUAGCUCCGAUGGACGUCUGCAUUCGGCAUUUCCUGCAGGCCACAGGCUGCAGUGUGGAGUCGGCCCUGGAGGCUGCGUCACUGCACCCCGCCCAGCUACUGGGACUGGAGAAGCUCAAGGGAACCCUGGACUUUGGAGCUGAUGCAGACUUCGUGGUGCUCGACGACUCCCUCCACGUUCAGGCCACCUACAUCUCAGGCGAGUUGGUGUGGCAGGCGGAGGAGGCCAGGCAGUGACCUGGGACCACAGCUGGAAAGGACCCUGACAAUACUGGGCUGCUGAGGAGCUGGUCUCCGAGGAGUGAAUGGGAACCCUGCCCCAGGUGAAUGACCUUAGCCCUGGAGGCGACUGGCUUGGAUAAACCAUCUACCCCAAAGGGA